AUGGGACAGACAGACGGUGAGGACUAUGAACUUCUCCCUCCACAACAUCGUGCUCAAAAGUCAUGGGAAACACGAGGACGAACGGGAUUUCUAGCACGGUUAGAGACCCACUUUCUACUUGCACUGCUCCUUCUUUCCGUAUUGUUCAAUGCUAUGUUGGUGCUUGGUUGGAUAUCAAGUAGAGAUGAGUUAUCUGGAUCUACGGAGCCCGUCUGGGCUAGUUCUCAUUUCCGACGGGAAGAGGCGAAAGGUGGAUUCACGAGAGAAGACACAAUGUGGUGGAAUACCAACUACAGCGGUGAAAACGAGAGAGAAGUGAGUGAUCUCUGGCAUAAUGACAUUCCAUGGGAAAGCGGGAUCAUCGCAAUCAACAAACAAGAGGCAAGUGAGUUGGGGUUGCCCGAGUCGCAGUCUUUCCCGUGGGACGUAACGAAAGCGAUCUAUAUCCUCAAUGCGCAUCAUAUCCUCCAUUGCAUUCGCAAUAUAUACAUCUCCAUCGAGGAAUACCGUUACAAUCGUCCUCAGAGUAUUACCUAUCCCCAUAUCUUGCAUUGUCUAGACAGUAUCCGGGUGGAGACCAUGUGUGCGGGCGAUGACACCCUGCGAUACAUUCCGUUGAAUAAUGUCUCCGGAUUCAAGCCUGGCGAUGGACAGAAGCGCAUGUGCCGUGACUGGCAUCGAAUGCAGUCCUUUGUGGAGAUGCAUGACCCAUGCUAUCGGCAACAGUUCUUGGGCUCGAUGACGGCCAUGUCGGGGUUUGCAUUGGGCUCGGCCACGGGGGCUGGGAUUGGAUUGGCCAUUGCGGUGGCCACAACCAAGUAG